AUGAAGGGGAACGAAGUGAGCGCCUCAAAGAUAGAGUUCGAGGUGACCGACGAGGCUCGAGAUGUCCUGUCUCGGAUCGACAGCCCGAUCAGCGUCCUCAGUGUCGUCGGAAUGUACAGGACGGGGAAGAGCUUCCUUCUGAACAGGAUCCUGUUGGACAGGAAGGAUGGGUUUCCUGUUGGGUCCACGGUGAACGCGUGCACGAAGGGGUUGUGGAUCUGGAGCAAACCCUUGCGGGGCAAGACCGCAGAUGGCAGCGAUGUGAAUGUGAUCCUGAUCGACACAGAAGGGCUGGGAUCACUGAACGCCAACACCCAGCAUGACUGUUACAUCUUCGCGCUCGCCCUGUUGACGAGCUCCUUCUUCCUCUACAACAGUGUUGGGACCAUCAACGAGAGCGCUCUCGAGAACCUCUCCCUUGUUGUCAACCUUACCAAGUUCAUCCGGGUGGGCAGCAGCGUGAAUGGGAAGGAGGAGGACGGGAUGGAGUUUGCCAGCUACUUCCCGAAGCUCCUGUGGGUGGUGAGAGAUUUCACGUUGCAGCUGGUGGAUCAGAACGGGCGGCCGAUCACGUCGAAGCAGUACCUGGAGAAUGCGCUCAAGGAGGUGAAAGGCUUCAGUGACAAGGUGGUGGAGAAGAACAGGAUCCGGAAUAUGAUAAAGGCGUUCUUCCCGGACAGGGACUGCUACCCGAUAGUAAGACCGGUAGAGGACGAGCGCUUGCUGCAGAGCCUGAGUAAUCAAGGAGAAGAGGUGUUGAGAGAAAACUUCGUGAAGCAGAUGAAGGUCCUGAGGGAACGGGUGUUCAACAACUCAGAGCCGAAGACCGUUCAAGGUGGUCAGGUUUCGGGACGGAUGCUGAUCCUGUUGUCGGAGAGUUACGUGAAGGCCGUGAACGAUGGGAAUGUGCCCUCGAUCACAGACUCAUGGUCCAUGGUAUGCGACUCGGAGUGCAAGAAGAUCUUGAAGGAGUCACCUCGUCGUUGA